UUAUGAACUUUCAAUUAUUCGCAGCCUUUUUUGUUCUAUUAAUAGGAACAAAUAAAGCACUUAAAUGCACAUUUUCAUCUAUAGAUAUUACAGAAGCAGAAAGUCCAGAAGAACAAUUAUCAAUAAAUAAAACAGCAGAAACAAGAGAAUAUGAAUGUCCAGCAGAGGACAAAAAUUGUAUAAAUCUACAGGGUUUUCUAACAAAAUUAGACCCUCAAACUGGCGAACAAAAAAAUAUGACUUUUGGAUUAAAAAGUUGUGAAAGUGAUUUGGCACGAUAUAUGCAACCUAUUGAACAACAAAUUCAACAAGAAAUAAAUUAUACUUGUGGGGUUUCUUCUGACGACGAAAACAGAACAGCAGGCCCAUUAACCUAUUCAAUUGACUGUUGCUCAACAGAUGAAUGCAAUGUUAGUAAUGAUGAAAAAAAUAAUAAUACAAUGGAAAUUUCAUUUCCAAAUGAAGAAACUAUAACAGAAAUAUCCCAAAAAGACGAAGAAAAUAAUAAAGAAUUUAAAGAAAAUAAUAAUCAAGAAAAUCCACAAAUAUUUGAAAAUGGGGGAGAUAAUAAUAAUAAUUUAACAAUAAAUGAAGAAAGCACAAUAUCUCCAUUUUUGUUGGACAAUUCAACAGAACAACAAAUAUUAGAAGAACAAAAUAAUACUAGCACAAACAAAACAGCGGAGAAUCCGAAUAAUGGAGUAACUGCACUUUUCAAUACAUACUCAAUGCUUUCAUUGUUGACUACAUGCUUAUUUGUUGGGUCACUUAUGAUUGCUUAUUAAAAAAAAAUAAUAAAUUUCACUUACAAAUCUUUUUUAAUCAAUUUUCUA